AUGCGGGUACAUAUACCCGCCGGUCCCCUUGCUCAGGUUGCUGUGCGGCGCCGCUGCUGCUUCCAUGGGGGUGCUCGCGUGAGGUCCUCAACCGGGGAGGGCGGGAGCGAGGCCGGAGACGGGAGCGGGGGCGGCGAGGGCGCCGGUGCCGCGGCGUCUUGGCUGAGCUCGGCGGUGGGAGAGAAAGUGGACGAAAUUCUGCGCCGCGAAGAGAACCGGGCCCUGCUCGAGGGCGUCGAGGACGCCGAGCGCCGCGUUGAGCGCGCGCGCGCCGCGCUCGCCGACAUCGAGCGCCAGGAGACCGCCGAGCGCCUCGCCCGUGAGGAGGUCCGCCGCCUCGAGAAGCGGCGCGAUGAGAUUGCAGAGUCCCAGCGGGAAUUGCUUCAAGCAAGAGAAAUGAUUGAUGAAGCUCAGCGUUCUUUGUCUUCUAGUCUUGAGGAAGAAAGCUUUGGAGAUAUGUCAAGUGGUGAUGUUGAUGAAGAUAGCGAGAGAAUAGAAUCCGUAACAGCUGCUGCAGUUUCCUCUAUAGUUGGUGCCCUGGCUACAGUGGCGGAGCGUGGGGAUUAA